UAUACACGUUUCUGUUGGUUCGGAGCUAACAAUGGUCGGGAUGGGUUGGAUCUGAACCGCUGGCCUCCCAAUUACGGUGCCCAAGUAGUCGGCUCCCGCUCCACUGAUUCUGGACGCCGCGAGGGGCCAAAGGCAAGGGCAUUUGCUCUCUCAGAGAGAGAUAGAGGGAAAAAUAGUGGCAACGAGGAAAUGGGUGGUGGAGAGCAUCAUGGGAUCCCUAGUGGAGAUUUCAGGACUAAGGUGUGGAGUUUGACUGGAGGCCCUAAUUGUAGGCCGAAACACUGGAAGAGGAACACCGCUAUUGCGAUGGCCGGAAUCAUUCUUGCCUGCAUCCCUAUUGCCAUGAAAUCUGCCGAACUGGAGCAACGGCCGCAUCACCCAGCUCGCCCAAUCCCUUCGCAGCUUUGGUGCAAGAACUUUGGCAACAAGGAGUAUUGAACGUUGCAGCAUUAAAUUGUCAAGACUUUUUUUUUUGUUCUUUUACAUGCCCGGUGACCUCUUUUAUCAGUAGUUCUGACGGAUGAAUUUCUUUUACCUGCUUGUGCUUCUCGGGAGUGACUUUUACUGUGAUUGAAUAAGAAGUAAAGUUGAUUUCA